CGGCCCUGCUCGCAGCCUCCACUAGGAGCCGCUGGGCGAGCUAGCUUUCAGCUGCUCAGGCGCAGUAUCAAUUGUAAGGAAAGGGUUUACUCUAAUGCCGGGUCUUAAAGAUAGACUCAGUCGGGAAACAGGCACAUGGCUACAAUAUUCUACAGAAUAAAACGUUCUGUAUUUGCUUGAGAUGAUUUGGAGUAAAAAGUACGUCGUUCCGGACGAGGAGGUUCGGCGGCUUUCAACCUCUCAACUUUAGAUAGCUAGCUAAGGCUAAGCCGACACUUUCUGGGCAACCUGUGCUGCUGGCAGAAGUCACCCAGCAGUCAUGUUUCAAACGGAAACACACAUAUCGUGCCUUUUCCCGGAAAUCUUGGCCAUUAUUUUCAGCUACUUGGACGUUAAGGACAAAGGGAGGGUAGCCCAAGUGUGCGCGGCCUGGAGAGACGCGUCCUACCACAAGUCUGUGUGGAGGGGGGUGGAAGCUAAGCUCCAUCUACGGAGAGCCAACCCGUCUCUGUUCCCCAGUCUGCAGACCAGGGGGAUCAAGAAGGUCCAAAUCCUCAGCCUGAGACGAAGCUUGAGCUACGUGAUUCAGGGGAUGCCGCAGAUCGAAAGCCUUAACUUGUGUGGAUGCUUCAACCUCACCGACAAUGGUCUGGGACAUGCCUUUGUGCAGGACAUCCCAUCCCUGCGCGUCCUCAACCUCAGCCUGUGCAAGCAGAUCACAGACUCCAGCCUGGGCAGGAUCGCCCAGUACCUGAAGAACCUGGAGGUGCUGGAGCUGGGCGGGUGCAGCAACAUCACCAACACCGGCCUGUUGCUCAUUGCCUGGGGGCUGCACAGACUCAAAAGCCUUAACCUUCGCAGCUGCAGGCACGUCUCUGACGUGGGCAUCGGCCACCUGUCCGGGAUGACCCGCAGCGCUGCAGAGGGCUGCCUGACUCUGGAGAAGCUCACCUUGCAGGACUGCCAGAAGCUGACCGAUCUUUCUCUCAAACACGUUUCAAAGGGCCUGAACAAGCUCAAAGUGCUCAACCUCAGCUUCUGCGGGGGGAUCUCGGACGCAGGGAUGAUCCACCUGUCACAGAUGACCCAGCUGUGCAGCCUGAACCUGCGCUCGUGCGAUAACAUCAGUGACACGGGGAUAAUGCAUCUGGCCAUGGGUUCCCUCCGGCUGUCCGGCCUCGACGUCUCUUUCUGCGAUAAGAUCGGGGACCAGAGCCUGGCCUACAUCGCCCAGGGCUUGUAUCAGCUCAAGUCUCUCUCCCUGUGCUCCUGUCACAUCAGCGACGACGGGAUCAACAGGAUGGUGCGCCAAAUGCACGAACUCAAAACUCUCAACAUUGGGCAGUGCGUGCGAAUCACAGACAAAGGUUUGGAGUUGAUAGCGGACCACUUGACUCAGCUGACGGGGAUCGAUCUGUAUGGUUGCACUAAGAUCACCAAGAGGGGUUUGGAGAGGAUAACGCAGCUCCCGUGCCUUAAAGUAUUAAACCUCGGACUGUGGCAGAUGACUGAGAGUGAGAGAGUGAGGUGACAGCUUCUCAUUUCAUCCUGUAUAGUGCUGUUGUUCACCUGUAAGGCGUUCUUAAUUUAACCUUAAACUGUGAUCAUGCAAAGAGGGACCCACCUGGAGCAACUCCUUCCACAAUGUUUUUUUGUUUGUUUUUUUUUUACCCCAAAGUUUCUCAGACUCUUGCUUUGCCGAACCUGCAGCCUGUGUGCAUUCUGACCAU